GCACCAUUACGACUUCAGACCUGCAUCACCUGAGCGAAUCUUGUACUGCAUUUCACUCUUAUUGCAAUGCUGUCCCGGACGCUGGUUGUUCUGUUGGUCUUUGCAUUAGUGAGUGUCUCCAUCUCUGCACCAAUCAAUGAUGGAACAGAUAAUGAUGAAGUAGCUGGAGCUCUGAUAGAAUUCUUCAGUGUUCAGAUUAAUGGAGCUCUUCCAACUCAAAGCCCUGUUAAUGGAGACUCAGGAACAAUAGAUGGGACAGAUUCAUCAGAGAAACAAGGUCCAAGUGACUCUGCUGACACUACAGAAAAACCCGGUGACACAAGCAUGGAUGAAGCCACAAGUGGCCCCGAUUCCAUAGAUACAACAGAUACAGACACAGAUACUGAUACAAAUACAGAUAUGGAAACAGAUACUGAUGCAAAUGUAUCAAAGGCAAAAACAAGUGAUUCAGAUGAAAACAAUGAGAAACCAUCAGCAGAAGACAAAAUAGAUGCUGGCCAUGUUGAUUCAGACUCCGAUGAAAAGGAAUCCACAGACAGUGACUCUGUUAGUGUCGAAAACAAAGAUACAGAAACAUCUGAUGAGGCAAACAAAAGUUCUCCAGAGGAUAAAGAUGAUUCAUCUGACAAGGACUCUUCUGACACAGACCAGCAGCAGGACUCUGAUGACAACACAGAUGGGGACACAGAUGAAAAGAGUGAAGAGAAAGAUGGCAAAGAAGUCUCAGAGGAUGAGGAACGAGAAACCUCAGAGACGCCAGAUAAAAGCAAAUCUGACAGUGAUCAAGAUGCUGAUGAGGUCAAAGAUUCAGAUGACACCAAUGACCAGGACUCCGAUGCAAAAGACAAAGACACCGACAGCACUGAGAAAAAAGACAUCAACACUAAAGACACUGAGAGUGACGUAGACAAGGACGAGAAAGGCGAUGAUAGCAGCCAAGAAACGGCAGAUUCCCCUGGCAUCCGAGAUGCCAAGGACAGCACUGAGAUCAAGCACAAGGACAGCACUGACCGGAAAGACAUUGAAGACGAUGUAGACGAUGAGAAGGACAUCAAGGAUAAGGAGGAGACCAAUGAGAAAGGCAACAAUAGUGACGAGGGAAAAAAUAAAGAUGACGAGUCCAAACCAGACGAACAAGACAAAGGAGACACCACUUCUAAAGAGUAUGCCUCAACCAGUCAGUCUGAUGAAAGUCCACAAGAGGAAAUGACAGAAGACAAACUGGAAGAUAAGUCUGAUGUAGACAACUCCAGAGUGGACACUGACAGCAAGGAGGACAGCAAAGACAAAGACCAGCAUAAAGACCAGGACACAGACACUAACAGCAAGGAGGACACCAAAGACAAAGACAAGAGUAGCACAGAAUCCACAGACACAGAAACCCCAGAUAGUGAUAGCAAGACCGACACAGAUAGCUCAGAAACAGGAGGGGAAGAUACCAAUGAAGACAGCAUCAGCAUGGAAAAAGAGAAGAAAGAUUCCCCAGAUAGUGCAUCAAUGGAAACAAAUGAUUCAGAUGUUGAUUCCAAUGAUGACCAUGACAAUGUUUCCACAGAUGCUACUGAAUCAAAAUCACAUGAGAAAAACACAGAUGAAAAUCAUGAUGACGAUAGCCACGAUAUGGUAGAUGAUGAUGACGAUGGCAUUGAUGUCCAAGGUGAUGCAGUCAUGGGUGAAGAUAAGGCUUCUAAAAUACAUGGUGAACCAGUUCAUCUUGGUGACACAACACAAGGAUCAGAUGAUGGCAGCAAAACCCCCAUGUCAAGUUCCUAGCGACCAAGACACUACAGGACAUUUUAAAUGAAUUUUCAAGGAGAGACGUUGAAAGAAUCAACUGAGACAUUCACAAUAGCCAGAGGUUCACAUCCCAUUAAAACACUCAAUUGACUCGCCCCUCUCACCCUCUAUCUUUUUCUCUCUCAUAUGGUGAUGGUUCUCUCUAAAGGAUUCUGGGAAUGCAGAUUAAAUUAUUCGGCUGUUUGUUGUACAUUCCAUUUGUAACUUUGUCUUAAUGAUAGAUUCUUUUGUUAUUGUUUAAUUUUUCCAAUUUUAGAGGGAAAUACUACAUGAUGAACGGUGUGAGUCUGGUAUUUUGAAUCUGAAUCUCAUAUAUUUAUGUGUGUUUAGGAACUCAAUAUAUUUCAUUACAAGUGACAAACUAAACCUAGACAUUUGUACUAACUGAAGGAUUUUUGAGUAAGUUCUCAAGUUCAAAAGAUUUAUUAUGGCGUCCCCUGGGUGUCCUCCUAUGUUUUCUAUUUCUUUGUCCACAUGGUGUCACCAUCCUUGACACAAGACUCUUUUUCUUUAUCUGAAAGACUGCAGCUGCUACAACGAAAACAUUUUACUGACUCUCAGAUAAAUACCAGCUUGAAGUGUCUAAAAAAGAGAUGUUUUCUACCCACCCAAAAAAUGAUUUAAGAUUGUACAGAUGAUUUAUAAUAGAAUCUCUAAGUCUAUAUGUCUCAGUGGAAGAAUACUAAUACACUAGCAAUGUAAGAGCACAGAUUGUUUUGAGGAAAAAAAACUGUUAAAAAUAAUUUUGUAUAGAUUUAAAGACAUUUUAAUAUGUACACAGAGAGCAAAUCUAAUAAAGACUGGGCUGUCUGGAA